AACGCACGUGUUCAAUGUGUCUUACCUGUUAUGAAACGUUCAGACCUAAUUCUACUGUUACCUGAGAAAGCUUCGUCGCGCCGGAGCUCGCCACCGGCGACGGUGGAGACCUAAACCUCACCAAAGUUAUACCAAUUGAACCCUCUCCACGAGCCUUAUCCAUAUCUAAGACUUAAAUCAAUUGAUUCAUCCUGGAAAUCCUAAAUCGAGCCUAAAUUUCCAGGAACCCUAACCAAAGAUUUCGAAAAUUAAAUGGGAAAAGAGGGGAAUCAAGCCUCUCCACCUUGGGGUUUUGAUUACACUCAACUUGAGCUACAUGAUGGCAAAGGAAACGAAGUGAUCAGAGCAAUAAUGGCCAACCUUCAAGGCAAUGAAUGCCCUGGAAAUUGUUGCAGCUUGAGGAUGACGAAGACGAAGAGCAGGUGGUUGAGAGAGCUCGAGUAUUGUUGAAAAGUUUACUUGAUGUUGCUGUUGAAGUUGUUUUUGAGACUCAUUUGAAGACCACAGCAACAAAAGCAGGAAACUCUAAGACAUUGAUUGAACAAGAAAAACUUGUGACAGUGCCGCAGUCAAAGUCUGCAGUGGCAAAUAACAAUUCUCAAACCUCGGAAAACAAUCAAACUCGAAGUAAAACGGCUUUACAGAAGGAUGAGCAACCUCAACUUGAAUUACUAUGUAACAAAGAACAGUCAAAGCUGUCAAACUUUAGCAUCUCUGAUACUGGAGGAACGGAAAGUAGAACACUAAGGAGUUUAGGUGAGGAGAAUGGUAUGAUGCAGCAUAAUUUAGUGAAGGAACAAAAUCAGUCUAAUGAAGAUGCUUUACCAAACAGAGAGAGCAAUCAUCAUGAACAACAACAUAAUAAUGUGAAUGCUUUAUAUGGUCAUGGUAAGCAUGCAGAAGAAUCAUUGCGAAUGUUAGACACAAAAGUUGGUGAGUCCAAUAACGACAAUAAUAUGCCGUUGCAGAGUGCUUCCAGAUUUUCUGAAUGUCUAAAACAGAAGGGAGAUUUCUCAGAUGAUUUGGUUAAUGCAAUAAAAAGAAUUGAAUCUCGCAUUUUGGCUUUUAAACUUUGCUCGAAUUUGGUGGAAUCCAGUAAGAGCAACAGUGCAGUUCGCGAUCCUUUGCACAAAGUAGCUAAUUUGGAAAGUCCCAAAAUACAAAGAAAAGUCAGUGCUGCAAGGAGUCACUUUAAUUGUAAAAAGUCUCUCUUGGAAGGACAUAGGCUAAUGGAUCAACACACUCGUGAUUCAAGUUCUAAAGGUGAAAACUUGAUUUCAGAAAGUGCAGCUGAGGAACCCUUUUUAGAUCGAAAUGAAUCAUCGAGUCAGAGUCAGGUAGCUUAUCAGAAUUGUUGGCUUCGUACAGUUAAUGCAGAGUCUGCCAAGAGUGUUAACAUACCAAUGCAUAUUACUACACAGUUAGUAUCAGGUGAAGAAGAAUUGAGAAGUGGAACUAGGAUUCAACCUUCAGUACAAAACAUGGACAUGAUAGAAAGAGUCAAGUCAUUGAAUAGGUUAGUUAGUGGUGAUGCCCACCUUGGGAAUCAAGCUAGUGAGUGUAUUCAAGGUUUGAGGGUUCCUUUGAAUCAAGCUGGUCUUACUAAGAAGUCUUCCAUGUUUUCUAGUCAAACCAAUAGGGAAAGUUUGGUCAGAAAAUCUCCAAUAGCAGGUUGGUCUAAGCCUGAUCUGAAUCAUAAGGAAAGGAAUUCUGAAUCUUGUCAUGCACAGAAUUUACAAAGAUUUACACCUACUGUUGCCCGAAGAGAAAAGCCACUGCCUCAUCAGAUGGUAAUAAAACCAACUCUAUUGGACCAGAGAUCCAAUGAGAUUAAGGUGAAUUCCCAUCAACAUAGAGAUGAAUCAGUUUUAUACAGGAGAGGAACUCAUAAGACAGGUAAUGUUGAGCCAUGUAAAACUAGGUUUGAAACCCAACUUCGUGAACCAGAGGAAUCAAUCUCAAACUCUGACUCUUGUUCUCGAUGGACUUCUCAGCAAGACAGUGCCAAUACUAGUAGUGAAUCUGAGGACUCCUUCUUGUCAGUUGGUACACAAGGUUCCAAAUCAGGAAGGAUGGUCGAUGCAUUAUAUGAAGGAAGCUCAAAAGAGAGUAGUGAUUCAAAUUUCAAUAUAAACAAUGCCGCUUCACAUAGAAUUGGAAGUUUUAAAUCUUAUGGAUAUCACAGUGAAAGAAAUCCAAAGAAAACAAUUCGAGGCCUAAAGAGGCUGAAAAAUAAGUUGGGACUAAUCUUUCACCACCAUCAUCAUCACCAUCACCAUCAUGAUGGUGACAAUGGUAGCCUUCAUUCUUAUGAAGGUCCUAGACAUUCAAUGUGGAAUCACUUGCAGAAUGUUUUCCAUCACAAAAACAAGUCUGGAAUGAUAACAAAUCAAAAAGUUGAGAAGACAAGGAGAGGGGCUACUACAAAAGUUGUGCCACACAGAAACCAGAUUGGCCAUUUUCACAGACUUGUGGAAGGACUAUUGAGACACGUCCAACAUUCAAAGAAGCCAAAGCCUUCCAGGCAUGGUUUGGUUAAAGGGUCUCAUGAUAAUGCACAUGGACAUGGGCAAAAGAACCUUCAUUGGUGGCAAACCCUUCGACGAAGCCGAGGGGUGAAGUUGAAAAAGAAAGGCCGAGUUAAAAAAAUGGGCUUUAUAAGCCAAAAAUCACUUAAGAACUAAGUCUGAAUUUGGGUGCACAUUUGCGUUUCUGGUCUUGCAAGUAUUGCCUUCUAGCUUGUGGCAUUACAGUUCUUUCAAUAUAGGUUCUAUCAACUUUUUUCAUCAGGCAACCUUUAUAAUACAUUGGGCCGAAAGGGAAUCAACACUUUCAAAGAUGACAUCAAACUGAAGAAAGGAGAAGAGAUUUCAACAGAUCUUCUCCAAACAAUUGAUGAGUCUAGGAUUGCCAUAAUUGUUUUCUCAUAAAAUUAUGCAUCCUCAACUUGGUGUCUUGAUGAACUUGUGAAGAUCAUGGAGUGAAAGAAAGAAAAAGGACAAUUAGUUCGUCUAGUUUUCUACCAUGUUGACCCUCGUUUAAAAGAAAAUGCAAAUAGGUUGAAACAUAAGAGGUACAUUUCAUGAGAUGAAUGAAUGUAUCUUGAUCUCGAGAGUUGCUAGAACCCACAAUUAAGGUUUAAGGUUUAGUUUGGAGUGAUAGAAUCAAUUGAAAUGGAAUGGAGGAAUAUUCCAUUGUUUGAAUCAUUUAAAAUAGAUUGGAGUAGAACGGAAUGGAGUGGUACGGAGUCCGUUAUAUUCUAUGACUUGCUACCAUAUUUUUUUCCUUUAAUUUCAGUUGAAUAAAAUUUUUGUCUUACAUGAAAUGUUUGUAAUGUUGAUUUAUGUUAUUUUGCUUUAGUCUCUAUAAAAUUUGACUUACAUGUUUGAAUAUUUAUUUUGCUAAAUUUUAGUCAUUAUGCUAUUUUUGUUGGGAUUGUAACAGAAAAAAUGAGAGCAAAAUGAAAAAAAAACUCGUGAUUAAAAAUAAUUAAUUCAUGGAUUAAGAUAAAAAAUGAAAAAAAUUAUGAAAGUGUGUUGAUUAUGAGUGAGCUCGUGUAAUGAGAAUGUGAUUGUUGAAGUGUGUUGAACCUUGAUAAUUGAAUGAGGAAGGGUGCUUAUUGUUAUUUAUAGAUGGAGAGUGGUUAUGAUUCUGUUAUGAAAUGAAAAUGUAGUUCACUCAAGUGAUUCUCAAGUGCAGAAGUUGGUUGGGAGAUUGAGAGUUAGUUAGGAAAUUGGUUUCAACUGAAAUUCACAGUGAAAUAUAAAUUUGAAUUUAACUUCUGCUUGUGAAAUGCAUUAGUUAUGGAUCUAUCUUGACAUGAACUUGGACUUAAAUUGUAUUUUCGUUUUAGGUUAUUUUCGAAGUGAAUUUGAGUGUCAUUAAAAUGUGAAAUGCAAAUCGAUUUAGAGCUGGUGUAUUAUCCUGAAACUAAUCUGCAGAAUGCUAUAGCAGUAAAAUGGUUUGGGUUGAAAUUAUGUUUCUUUCGAAUUCUGCAGGGAUGUUUAACAGCAAAGAAAGGCUUAUAUUAAAAUCCACUUUUCUGUCAAAUUUUGCAGGGUGUUAAGCAGUAACAAAAUGCUUGUAUUGAUAUGCUCUUUCCUGUCAAAUUUUGCAGGGUGCUAACUGGUGUAGCAGUACUGCAUCUUCUGUCCACUUCUUUCUCAUUUUGCUUGAAAUGACAAUGGAUUUGUCUUGUCAUGUGGAUUGUUUUGCAGGUUGGUUUGAGGGCUGCACCUUGCACUUGGAUUGCAUUGGAAUGGGCCAUGGGAAAAUAUGGAUCGGAAGGAAUGGGACUGCAUUGGUUUGGAAGAGAUCUUGACUAUGAAUUGGUAGCUUAGGAGUUUGGACUAGGUUUGUUUUUUAUUGACUCAAUUGUAAAGUGUAAGGCAUGUACAUGAGUUUUAAAAAUGAAUGAAGGUUGUAUCUCUUUGAAUGCAUUAAACAUUGAAUGAAAAAAUAACUUCCAAUUUUCUUUA